GGACCCCCGUGAACCGGAUCCCCAUCAUGGCCAAGCAGGUGCUGGACCUGUACAUGCUGUACACGCUGGUGACUGAGAAAGGGGGUCUGGUGGAGGUCAUCAACAAGAAGCUGUGGCGGGAGAUCACCAAGGGGCUGAGCCUGCCCACUUCCAUCACCAGUGCGGCCUUCACCCUGCGCACCCAGUACAUGAAGUACCUGUACCCCUACGAGUGUGAGAAGCGCGGGCUGAGCAACCCCAACGAGCUGCAGGCGGCCAUCGACAGCAACCGGCGGGAGGGCCGGCGGCAGGGCUUCGGCGGCUCCCUCUUCGCCUACUCGCCCAGCGGCACCCACGGCCUCCUCUCCUCGCCCAAGCUGCCUGUGCCAGCGCUGGGGCUGGCAUCAGCCACCAACGGCGGGGCCAUCGCACCCGGCCAGAAGAUCAAGAAAG